CUAUCAUGCGAUACGUGUUCGUUGUGUCUAUAUUCUAUACCGUAAAUAUAAUAUACAACAUUAAACAACAACAACGUGUAAUUUGGUUUGACCGAAUUCAUUGACUUUACUAGGAACUGGUCGUAAGCAGUUAAAAUUUGUAAAUCGCUCAUUAAGCAUUAAAUUGCUUAACUGACUGAAAGUGCAGCAGCAGGUCUGAUAUCCACGUUUAAAGUUAACAAAAAAAGGUUUCCUAUAGGGAGUUUUAAGGGAACGUGAAAAAAAAAGCAAAAAAAAACGAGUAUACAGUAUGGCGGCAACAAGAAGACUUACAAAGGAGAUUGCAGAUAUCGGAAAAGGAAAAGGUUCCGCUUACAGGCUUAUUAAUUGGGAUAAUAUAUUAACUUGGAAAGUGCUGCUUGUUCCAGAAUGCGUUCCUUACAACAAGGGAGCAUUUCACAUUGAAAUCAAUUUUCCCGCUGAGUACCCGUUUAAACCACCGAAAAUAACUUUCAAAACAAAGAUCUAUCAUCCAAACAUUGAUGAAAAAGGCCAAAUUUGUUUACCCAUUAUCAGCCCAGAAAAUUGGAAACCUGCAACCAAAGCAAGUCAAGUCCUGAACGCUCUUCUGGUUCUAAUAACAAGUCCAGAGCCGGAGCAUCCUCUUCGUGGAGAUUUAGCUGAGGAAUUCACAAAAGACCGAUCAAAAUUUAAUAAAACCGCCGAAGACUACACCAAAAAACACGCCGAAAAACGCCCAACAGAUUAAAAGCCAUGAAAGAUUACUCUGUCAGCUGCAUAAGCACACAUGCAGUUGUGCUAUGAGAAAAAAAACUGUCUCUUUGUACCUUAUAAUUUAUGGCCUAUUUAAAAUCACAUACAUUUUACUGUCUGUCGCAGUUUUUGUUUGUUGGGAUUUAAAAGUCAAUCUUACAGCACAUUAUAUAUUUCUAUAUGAAUUCCCUUUACCCAAUAUCUUGUGAUUUUUCGGCUAAUAGGGUGCAGCUUUUUUGUGGCCCACGCAAAUACAAUUUGCUAUUAUGGUGACUUAUGUCUUUUGUUCUUACCGCAAAAAAAACAAUAUCAAUGUUUAUUCGCCGUUGGCGGUUUAAAAUAAUCGGAUCUCGCCGUAAAAAAAGCUUAAAUAAACGCUUCUUAUGUAA